AUGCCUAUCCCCUUAAAAGCAGAUAUUCUACCGACAUAUGAACAGACGAAAGAUCAAGCCGCUCCUAUUUCAGAGUUAACAGCUACAACUUUGGAUGAACCUCCCGGAUACGAACAACUUGAAAUUCCACCUCGAUUUACUCUCUCCGAGCCAACAUCGACACCGUCACCACAACGGACGUGCAUAAAUUGCCAGGAAAACAUCUGCUACCACUCUGGAUCAGUAUGCGAGAAUGAAGAAAGUCCAGUUAAAUGCGCUGAAUGUAAACGGAGGGAAGCGGAGGAGAUGGCCGAGUGCUGUAUGGGAAUUCUGGAAGUUAUAUGGGCUUUGGAAGUUGGUAACGCAUCGAUUGCGCAAGUUAGGGAUACAGUAUCGAACAGUGUCGCCCUUAUCACCGCUAGUGCUGACAAUGUGACGUCAAUCGCUCUUGAGUUCCACUCUCUUAUAAGGACACCUGAACUAACCAUGCUCCUUCAGAAUAGCCCCACUGCCACCGAUGCACCACCACCGUACGAAGAUCGGCGAGUCUUUCCUGGUCAUCUUAGUUUUCUACCUCCAAUAGAGGUGUCUUCGGCGAAGCGAUGCAGCCGAUGCACGGUCAUUCGUGUCCAACCUGGUACCGCGGAACAAGAUCCGUCUGGAACAUCAAUUGUGAGGUGCGAAAAUUGUCAAAAAGAUAUCGAUCGAAGAGCGGAAUUCUGCGAGGAGCUACAGAUGUGCAUUCGUGCCAGGAGAGGUCGAGCUAUGUUCCAUAUUAAUUUGUAG